AUGACUGGAAAGGACAAUACCAUUGUCGAUAGGACCACAGAUAGAGCGGCAGCUGCCGCUAGAACUGCUGAGACCGAGGCUUCCCAACUACGGGCUGAAAGACAUGCUCCAACUGAUUCUCACCGAAAACAGAUGGCUGAGCAGAAGCAGGGGCAAUUUUGUGCACCCCAACGACGAGCUGCUAGUGUUUCUAUUAUUGUGGAGGAGCGUGCUCAUGUGGAGGCUGAGCCGAUUGCUAUUAUUGUGGAGGAGGUACAAGUUCCUAUUCCUGUUGAGGAGGUACCUGUUGAGGCUGAGCAGGUUCAUGUUGAUGUGGAGGAGGUACUUGUUGCAGCUGAGCAGGUUUCUGUUGUCGAUGAGGUUGCUACUCCCAUAGAUAUAAAGGCAACGACUCGUGCUUCUGCGGAGGCAUCUGUUUACACAAAUGAAGCCUUCCCAGGAGGGCCUAGUGACCGAUCUGUGCUCACAAGGUAUGCUUCCCAUCUCGCAUACAAAGAGCGUCCGCUGCUGAAGGUCGCAUCACAAGGGUCGAAGUUGAAGAAGUCCCCUCUAAGUCUGAUGCCUGAGCAGGUCAGUCGUAUUGUAUAUUAUUUUCGUCUGCUAGAGUUCUCCGAUUGCUCAUUGACCAUGCUUGACGCCUCCCUUGUGUCUGUUUUUAUUAAGCGGUGGCACUCGAAGACAUCUUCCUUUCAUCUUCCAUUUGGAGAGAUGACUAUCACUUUGGAUGAUGUGUACUCAUAUGCUUCCCAGCUACUGGCUGAUGACGUGUCUCCACCACCACCUCCAUCAGGCUCAGAUGACCAGGAUCGUCUCUAG